AUGACCUCUAGAAUGCAAAGCGCUCAACACAUAGCUAAGCGGGCUUCCUCGUCAGACGAAGACGAAGCUAGUUCUUCUACAGAAGCAGAUGUGUGUGAAGCUCCGGCAUCACCCACAAAACGACUAAAGCUUGUCAAGACUAAUGAUCGGGCAUCAGAGCCCCCGAAAUUGCCCCAUACCUCUGAGAAGCAAUCUCUAGAUGGCCCUCAAACAGAACUCGCGAUAGGCGUGAAAUUGACUCAUGGGGACUGUGACACAAUAGCUCAAAAUUGCAAAAAAUCCGAGCUUGGAACACCCGAUCGCGCUGUCAAAGCGGUCAAGAAACGGAUCAAGUUGAAGGAACCUCGAACAGAUCCUGUGGCUGACGCCGGGCGGCACCGUGGGCCCCGCGGCAUAGUACAUUACAUUAUCGAAGUAGCAAAGCUUCGGGUGAAGCGUGAGAAGGCUACCGAGGACAAAGAGACAAAGGAGUCGUAA